AUGAAGCUUUCAGUGAGAAGAUUAUUUUUCCUUGUAACUAUUGGGAUUGCUGGCCAUCAGCGUGUUGAUGCAGGGAAUGGUGACAUAAUGGCGAGUAGCGAUUUCAAUUGGGAUGCUGAAGAUUGGGAGCUGUUUGGUCCGGGGAAGUUGAAAGUUUACGAUAGGGGGGGGAUGCUCUACGCAUCGAUUCCUUGGGGAGAAAGCUUUUGCCCACAACGGCAAGCUCCGAUUCCGACUUGGUACAUGUCGAACGGGAAAGACAUGAUAAAAGAUUGGGACGUCAUUCUUGAGAGCAAAGAGUGGAAACUUCGAAUUGGUGUCCGCAACCUCAUACCCCCCUGGGUGGGUGCAACCGACAACGACCUUUCCUUGAACGAGAAAAGCUGGACAGUGGUCAAAGGGCAAGGGCACGGGCACUCUCCGACAACGAUCCAGAUGCUUCGUUUAUUGUCCAGCCUAUCUGCCAUAUACAUCCGUGGGGGAUACUAUGAUGGCCAUGAAGAAACAUGGCUUGACUCAGUAUCUUUGAUUGAGGGCGAUCAUCACGAGGAAACUAUGCAAAGAAAAAUUCAGAAGCAUCAUCAUGAACCAUUGCGGAAGAAAAAGGAACAAGAGAAGAAGAAGCGUGAGCAAGAGGAAAUUGAGAUGCUUGCGGCUGCUGGGCAACUCAACAACGCACAAGCUGCUCUUAAUCAGAACAAUGCUCGUCCCCCUUCAACCAACUCUCAGUUGGACAGGCAAAGCAGUGAAGAACUGAAACGCAGACAGGAGGAAGAGGAAAGGAAGACAAAGGAAGAGGAGGAGCGGUUGAAUGCUCAAAGAGCGCAGGAUGAGAUGGAAUCGAGACGAAAAGAGGAAGAGCUCAAAGAGCUUGAAAAGCAAAAAGCUGAAAUGGAAGCGAAAUCUCACAUUGAACAAUUGUUGAAGCAAGAGGCAGAAACAGGUGGCGGAGAUCGGCUAAACUCUGGGAUUUCGGAGCAAAUUAAACAGGAAGAUGAAAGGAUCCUUGAAGAGCACUUGAAGCGCGAACAAGGAAUUUCCAACAGCAUCGAUCCCAAUGAAUUGAAAAGAGCAGCUAAGGCGGCCCCACGGCUUGUCCCUUUGCAGGAUGAUAACAUCGUGCCCGACAACGAGUUUGCGCAAGUAGAAGAGCCUGCCGCUCCUACUGUGACUGGAAUUUCUUCGCUCCAAGACCAGACAUCCCCUGAGGAUUUGGCUGGACAAAUUGACAAGGAGCACAGCCAAAGCCGAAUGGGAGCACAACAGGAUAGGUUGAGAGAGGAAGAAACUCGUAGGAUGGAGGAAGAGGAGGCUCGCAAGAAACAGGAGGAGGCUGCUCGGAAGAAGCAGGAGGAGGAAGAGGCUGCUCGGAAGAAGCAGGAGGAGGAGGAGGCUGCUCGGAAGAAGCAGGAGGAGGAGGAGGCUGCUCGGAAGAAGCAGGAGGAGGAGGAGGCUGCUCGGAAGAAGCAGGAGGAGGAGGAGGCUCGCAGGAGACAAGAGGAGGAGGAAGCUGCCCGAAAGAAGCAGGAGGAAGAAGCUAGAAAUCGGAUGAUUGCAGAACAGAUUCGGCGUCAAAAGGAGAUGGAAGAGAUCGAGGAAAUCCGAAAGCGUGCUCAAGCACAGGAGGAACUCCGUGAAAACACGAGUGGAGAUGCAGAGAAUUCUGAUCAAGAUUUCAUUGCGGAUCAAGAUUUUGACAGAACGGAUCAAUGCAGGGGUGAAUCUCGCUUUGAGAGGCUCAGAUCAAGGUUCCUCAAGGGUGACAAGGAAGCCAAGUCAAACAAGGAAAUGGAUGGGGAAGACCUUCCCUGAGCUCUUGGUGAUGACUUGUCUUCCGAACCAGAGGUGUUACCUUGAUGCCAUGAAGCGGAACAAGCUGGUGAAGGGGUGAAGGACUAAGUGCGAGGCGCACAAAGCUUGCAUAAUAUCUGCAACAAGUUCGGGGCCUUAUUUCGGGGAAACCGUAAGUUCAUCGUCUGAAACGAGGGGGGCGAUGGCCAGACCGCCGGAUGCUCCAACAGCUUGGUUUCUGCGCUCAAACAUGUGAAUAGACCGGGAGGAAUUGGCUACUUGACUGCCUUCCUGGCGGUUACAGAUCAACCGUACAUCCUAACAAUAAACUACAUAAACAUCA